AUGGGGCCGCGCCGGGCCGGGCGAGGGCGGAGGGAAGGAAAGGAAGGGAAGGACGGGAAGAAGGGAAGUGGCGAAGGGGACGCUGGCGGCGCGCGCACUCGGAAGGACGCGGCAGCCGCAGCCCGCGGGUCGGUGCUGCGCGUGCGCCGCGGUGGCUGCGGCUUCCGAUUGCAGCUCUGCCGGCCGACGGGAGCCGCGCUCGGGAUGGAGGACGAGGAUUUCUUGUUAGCGCUCAGGCUGCAGAGGGAGUGGGAAGAGCAGGACAAGGCGGCGGCAGCAGCAAAGCGCCCUGAUGUCUCUCCGUACCGCUCAUCCCUCCGCCCGCUGUCUGUGGUGGACGAGGCGUGGGAGCUGCUGGACCCCAGCCCUGACGUUCAUGGCCUGUUCGUGCACUUCAACCAGACGCUCUUCUGGGGCAAACUGGAGGCUGUCACGGUGUCCUGGAGCCCCCGCAUGACCAGCUCUGCUGGUAUCUGUUCAUAUCAUGAAAGAAGUGGGCUGUGUUCCAUUCGUCUCAGUGAGCCGCUUCUAAAGUUACGGCCAAGGAAGGAUCUUGUGGAGACACUGUUGCACGAAAUGAUCCAUGCCCUGCUCUUUGUUACUCAUAACUACAAAGAUCGUGAGUCUCAUGGACCGGAGUUCUGCAAGCACAUGCGUCGCAUUAAUCUCUUGACUGGAGCCAAUGUCACAAUCUAUCACAAUUUUUAUGAUGAGAUUAAUUUGUACCGCCAGCACUGGUGGCGAUGCAAUGGCCCCUGCCAAAGCAGAGCACCUUACUUUGGAUAUGUGAAGCGCUCCAUGAACAGAGCACCCUCUGCACAUGACUUCUGGUGGGAUGAACAUCAAAGGACAUGUGGGGGCACAUUCACAAAAGUGAAGGAGCCAGACAAAUUCUCAGAGAAGUCCAAGCAGAAAACUCAGACAGCAAAACCUCCACAUUUCAAGUCAACUAACAAAGGCAAGACACAAAUGCAUGGUAAUUGCAAAGACCUGACUCCUUUUAGCGGGAUGGGAUAUCGGCUUGGAGGAGGAGAUGAUGUGCUUUCAGAGAAAAACACAAAUGCCAGCAAUUCCACUGCAAACAGUGAAGCACACGGCUCACUUCAUCCUUCAGCAGUAAGGACAAUACCAAUUCCUAAAAAUGAGAUAAAACUGGAAAAAUUACCCCAUGGCAGCAUCUUUCCGCUUCAUACCAAUGGUGCCAGUGAGAAGAGCAACUUAGCUUUAAAGCGUGAGUUUCCGAAACUCUCUGCUGCUAAUACAGAAGGUGACGAGAACGAGUGCAGAUUGCCUGCUUGGAUGGCUCGAGUUGCUGAAGAAACAUCAAGCCAAGGCUCACCAGUUGGCAAGAGGGCUAUGCCAUCUUCUAACUGGUCACCAAAACGAAUUUGUUUGGAGCAGACCCCAAGAGCUCAGGGUGCAUCUGAGAAAAAAAGCUUAGAAUGUGUUAAUACACUGCAGCAAUGGCCAAAGAAGGAAGACAAAACUGCCUUUGAAAAGUAUUUUCAUAAAAAGGGGGUUACUGAUGUCACUACAACCACAAAAACCAGAGUUGAAUUUACACAGUCCUCUGCAAGUCCUAGCAAUCCUGUGAGACAGGAGAGAAGAGUCAGUUGUCCUGUCUGUGAGACUGAUGUUUUGGAAUCUGAAAUAAAUGAGCAUCUUGAUUCUUGUCUUUCGUAGAACAGCAGCAGAAAGUUUCUUAAAAAGAUAGACCAGGGCUGGAAACAUUGUUUGAAAGGUAAUUUUUGCUCAGGGUUUGCUUAGCUGUGGUUAAACUCCAUGUGCCUGUUCUGAAAUGAAAUUUAAAAUGUAGCUGACCUCCAUAUCCUCACACUAAUAAGUAAAAAUUGUGUGGAAUGCUGCUAGGAAUACUGGUAAAGACUGUUCCUGGACAUGUCAUAAAAGCUUUCAUGAUUUCCCAGUUGAACUUCCUUCAAGUGCUCUACAGGACAAAUUAGGAUUAAAGUGACAUUACCUGCCAGUCUUUAUUUUGCUUCUUCUGGAAGCCAGCCAGGUUCAUGGUUAGCAGGCCAGUCAGUUGAGUACUAAAGCCGCUGUGCCAUGAGAAGUUAUGGGAAGCCUGGAAGCCAGGCAGGCAUAUGUGUUUCUUAUGUGAGCUGCCUGAAACGUUCUCUUGGUGCACUAAGGUAUUUAAUGGGUUAAGCAUUAAACAGUAAUUCCUUACAAUCACUAAAACUGAUUGUAUGUUUGCUUAAACAUAAAAAUCGUUUUAUAUUAAUAGCUUUUAAACAAAAUAGUUUUAUAUCUUCUUACUGUAAUUUUAAAUGGCUGUACAUGUUUACAGUGUUACUGCUGCUCUCUUAACUCACUUUAAAUGCUUCAUAUUUUAAAAAAUAUUGACACUACAAAAGUUUAAUGUAAAUUACUUUGUUCUUGCAUACUCUGAAUAAAUUGUUACUGAAGUUUAAAUUUCCACUAAGCCUGGCCAUUUUGUGUCCUUACCAGUGGGUUCACCUGUAUAUAACAGUCUUGUUUAUUAGAGCCUUUCUGUAUUAACAUUUUUCCUUCUUAAAUGUCCCUGUAAAAACAGGUGCUAUUGAAUACAGAUUGCAUCAGCUGCUGCUUUCUCCAUCCUGUUUUCAAAACAGUUUCACUAUUUUUGCACUUCUGUGAAAAAUUUUAUGAAUACUGAUAGUAAAUCUUGCUUUGCCAUGUUAAUUUUCUAUACUUCCUUCUUAAAGCUGCAGCCAUCUGUCAGUGCUUCCAGUGAUACUUGACAUUUUCAAGGACAGGACUACCAAUAAAUAUUUGUAUUAUCUUAUGUUUUUAAGAUGAGGGUGAGAGUUGCACCACAAAGCAUCUCUCACAUUAUGAAGCAUUUUUGAGAGAUAUUUCCAUUAAAAUUGCUCUCUGCAGUUUCCUCAUUUGACUUUCCUAUUGUGACAGAUGUGAGUAAAGGAGGAGGAUUGUGGGUAUUGCUAAAUGUGUGGAUUUUUCCCGAUGUCUUCUUUUACUUCUGAAUUUGAAUGACAGAAAACAAAUGAAGAAUUUAGUGAAUAGUGUAGCCUGUUGAGGGAGGGGGGAGCUUAAGCUGUAGGCAAGUCUGUCCCUCGUAUACACAUCCUAAAAUAGAUCAUUGUCCAAACAAUUGAGCAAUUCUGGAUUAGCUAUGGAAAAAUAGCACCUCUGUCAUGUGUUUUUACAAGGAAGUAUUCUAAGACUAGGAUCUCUUUUAUUCAGAGAGGAAGGCUUUGCAGUUGCUAUUGAUUGCAGGCUGUUUUAAUGGGUCAUGGCCACCUUCAUUUUGAGUAUGUUACUACAAAUGCUGUUUCUGUGAAAUGUUGUGCUUGAGUACAGUGUCCUGCCCACAAGGAUAACAAUGACUACCAGUAUGUUUUUUAAAUACGCUGCUCAAUUUGGGUCAAAGAUGAGAAAUUCCAUCCUCUCUAUCAGCUUUGUCCUUGAGUGAGUUUAGAUACUGCCUGGAACAACACACACUGUCAGUGUUGAGCCUUGAACAAACCCACUUCACUGAAAUGCAGCCUAAGUUGCCUGAAUGGAAACUUGAGAAACAAGUUAAUAGGCUCUAUUCCUGAGGCAAAGCAGCUGUGAAGGAGAGUCAGACGUAUGUGUGCCUUUUGUCAAUAGAAGGUUCUGCAAACUAAAGGAAAAAGCCUUCUCAUUUUGUGGUGACCUACUAGGAUUGCUCUGGAUAAUUCAGAGAGGAGUUCCAGAGGUUAAAACUGCCAAAUGGAGUUUACUUGGCCCUUUCAUUUUUAUCAGAAGAGGCUGCUCUUCAGUUGCCUUGAAACUGGUUAUCAGGCAAGAAAUCUUGAAGGUUGAAUAUUAGCAAGUAUUUUUUACUUUAUGGAAAUGUUACCUAGGAAGUUUUCAUAAUAUUUGAGUUCUGAUGAAGCAGUGGGAAGAAUUUUUUCUCAGGGCUACUAAAAUGUAUUAGUAUCUUGCAAGAAGAUAUGCAAUAUAAAUAGUCUGGUUUAGAACAUAUUUUAGCAGCAAUAGUGUGCGUUCAUGUCUCCUUUAGUCCAACCUCUAUUUGUUUUCACCUGGCAUAUCUGGGUCACAUGGGAGAAGUGUAUUCUCACAGCCACGUCAACCCUAAUGCCUGUGCAUAAGCUGAUGAGGAGGCUAUUUACAUCUGGGUGGAAGCAGGCACCUCAGGCAGGGCAGGCCCUGCUGUUCACAGUGUUGAAUCGGGACCCAGGUACCUGAGCCCCCUUUCUAGGAACAUUUUCCAAGCGAACAACCAGAGGAAUAUUGCUCAUUUGGAACAGGCUGUGCUACCUGCCUCUGGGCCAAUGUAAUGAAGGUCAUCAGGUAAUAAUCUAGUACAAAAUUAAAGGCUAGAGAGGGCUUUGACAUAACUGGACAAGAAAUGAAUAAUUCCUGAGGUGCAAAGUAGCUGUUCAAGCUUCCAAAUUCCCUUGGUGCAGCAGGAGGACAUGCAAUAGACUAAAUGGCUUGUGAGGAUUUUCUUUCUCAUGUGUUCUUCUGGAGCCCCUCAGUUCUCCUGCAUUUUCCAUGCACAUAGCAUCUCUUCAAGUAAAGCAAGACACACUUUACUGAAGGGUUAAUAGCAAGAAGGAAUCAACAAGAAGUUUCUGAGAAAAAAGACCGAUGGACGUCUCUUCCAAGGGGGUGGAGCAAUCCAUGGUGAUGGUGGUAUGGUGCAGACUACUCUGGCUGGAGAAUGUUAUCAAACUGUCACCACAGCAGUUUGCCUCAGCACUGCUGGGUCUGGUCAUCCUAGAAUACCAUGUCUGUGCCUUUUGUUGAAUCCUGUCACCUUAAACACUAAAAGGUUGGACCUGGUGACCUCGUGAGGUUACACCUGCCCACAUACCCCUGUGAGCAUCUUUGUUGCAGCCUGAUGAUGGCAGCAGUGCAACUGCUGGGCUCCAGCAGCUGCUCCCUAACAGAGCCAGCAUUCAUCAGUCUUACACUCCAAAAUGAAAUACCCAAGUUCUUAUUUGCAUCUAGAUUACUACUGCUCUCUUGAAGCCUUGGGAUUUAAGAAACUAUUUUUUAAAAUAUGAAUGUAAAGACUCUGCACAAAAAUUACCCUUGAAGUGUGGUUUGUGGGCAGACAGGCCAUGAAAGAGACUUGCAUUUCAGUACAUGUGAAAAUAUGUGUGUGUGUGAUUUCAUAGACUAAUGCGUAUGGAAAAAAAAAGUUAAGACCCCAGAAGCUUUGUGUGGAGCUUUGGGAUCCUUCAACAGGCCAUUAGGUGGCACUCCUUGCACGUAAGGAAUUCUUAUUGCGUCCUCUAACGUGUGCGGAGGGAGAACAGAGAGUGCAGGACUGCAGGCUCGUAUUUCACCUACCCUGAACUCCAGACUGAACGUGGACCAGCAGCAACCCUGACUGGGCCACACACAAGCUAAAGGAGGAGGGAUAGUGCUGGUGGGGGGGAAAUAUCUGCACCUUGCUGGGAAAUGAAAAGUAAAUUCACAGCUAACUAGAUUCCGUGAGUGAUUCUUUAGCACUGUUGCAAGGACUGGGAAGAUGAGAGGGUAUCUCGUUUUUCCACUUCAGGGCUCAGGAGUAAGCCCAAAGGCAUCCUUUUGUGGGUUACACAUACCGCACUGCUUGCAUUCGUUGCAGUGACAAAGCUCAUUU